AUGCCUCCGAAGAGAAAGCAAUCCGUUCAAUCUGGAACUCCUCCUCCUAACAAGAGGAAGAGGGCUAGUUCCCCCAAGGCGAAGGCCGCCCCCAAGGAGAAGGCCGCCCCCAAGGCGAAGGCCGCCCCCAAGGCGAAGGCCGCCCCCAAGGCGAAGGCCGCCCCCAAGGCGAAGACCGCCCCCAAGGCGAAGGCAACUGCCAAGCCAAAGGCGACCCCCACCAUCAAAGUCGAAGAGGGCUCUGAUGACGUGAAAGUCUCCCAGGAAGAGGAUGUGUCUGAGAACAAGGAUGUGUCUGAGAACAAGGAUGUCUCUGAGAACAAGAAUGUCUCUGAGAACAAGGACGUUUCUGAGGACGAGGAUGUGUCUGCGAAGAGGAACGACUCUGCAGUCCUUGAAGUCCCCGAGCUGAUUCUGUCCGCAAGCCAGACAAAGCUGCUGGCGCUUGGGAGCUACUGGCACGAUAGCAAGGGACCCAUUGACUAUGAACUACUUGCUCGAUUCGCGGGACUGAAGACGUCCUCUGCCCGUGUUCUCUACCGUGCUGCUCGACGCAAGGUUGACCUACACAUCUCCGACUUUUUUACCAGUGUGCCACGCAGCCCCCAGCCAAUCAAGUCUUUCCCCGACCCUGCUUUCGAGGGCAAGGCCGGCAGGUCCGACGAAUCCAGCGACGGCGAAAUCCCGUCCAGCCAGACCACAGGUUACUCUGGUGGCAAGCCCGCUAUCACUGUCUAUGAUCCAUGGGCGGAUGACCCUGUUGGAUCGUUCACUGCAACCGAGGUUCAGCGCAUGAUGGAUUCUGAUUAUGAACUCCCAGAGCAGGGAAGCCCACCUGACACCAUUAGCGAUUGGAGUUCCGAUGUCCCGGACCUCAAAUCCGAUCCCUCGCAGUCUGAGCCUGCCUCAGGAUCUGAGCCUGAGGCUUAG